UGGCUGUCAGACACACCGGAGCCUGACAGCUCCACGAGAGAAGCCCCCCGGGCCAGGAUCGAACCCUCUCCUGGAAAGCUCCGAGGUACAGGCUCGGGAAUCUGCCCGGGGAAUCUGACACGUGAAACCAGGGCGUGGGGAACCCUCGACUACAGCUGCAAGCAGCCAAGCUGUUCCAGGGUCCUUCUGCGGUCAACCCGUCGGCAAAAAGAAGAGCCAGGAACCAACCCACCGUCUGACCAACCGACCAAGACCAAGCCACCAAUCAAAGGAACCAGCUCGGUCAGCAGAGCGAGGCUUGGGGAAGGAGCCCGACCCCUGACCUCCGACCCACCACCCCCCCCCCCUCCCUGGUUCGGCUCUCCGAUGGUCUAGGCCGAGGGUUGGGGCCUGGAUGUUGACCCCAAAAGGGCCAAGGGUCGGCGCAGAGGGACUCGCUGGUCUAUGCCGAGCGGUGUGAGAGAGAGAGAGCGAGAGAGAGGGAGCAUCGAGGCGGGAUCGGGAACACCACAGAGAAUCGGGGUCCGGACCCUCGAGCUCCCUCGCGAGAUGCCUGAUCGGAGGUGAAGUGGUGGGGGGGGUGGUGAGGAAGGGGGGAAGGAUAUUGGAGCUGCACGCACACACAGACACCCCUCGCUUGGCCACCUUCUUCCCCCAACCAACCCAGCAACCAGCCAACGCUGCUACCAUGUCGCGGUUCACCACAAGGACCUGGAACAUUCCGCAAGUCUCAGCGGUCCCGGCGCCAAGGGGGGCGGUCAGGGACCGCGAGGACUGUGACCUGACGGACGGCGAGGUCCUGGACCCUGGGCCCACGGGUCUGGUGGCUGCCAGGAUCCAGCUGUUUGACCAGACGUCUGGCCGCUCGCCCGACAGGAGACGACCGACCUCCUGGCUCCUGGAGGAAGGAGCGCCGGCACUGGAGAGAGGGAACAGAACGCUGGGAUAUCAGGCCAGGAAGUUGAAGAAGAACAUCCCGGAGCACGUCACCCUCUCCCGACACCAGCCCCUCUCCAGCGGCGGCCUGCUGGAUCCGGAGGGGGCGCAGGAACACAGGGGUCGCACCCGCUUAAGCGCCAUCUUUAACCCCACGCCAGGGAACAAGGAAUCAGGAACAGUAGAGAAGCUAUACCAGAAGUUGGCCUCAUUCAGCCUCUAUGGACUCCCCCGGUUACCAGAGAAACUUCGGGCUGAAUGGGGGAUCCGUGAGGGUGAAGAGUCCAGGAUCCACCUCCCAAACUCCUGGAGGGACAUCGUCAAAGGGCACGAG